AUGUCUUCAGAACUCAUCCAGCAGAUCCAGGCGGAACUCGAGGCUGCCACGACUAGAUACAUUGAUCGUAAUCCUCGAUCCAAGGCUCUUCAUGAUGAGGCUCUCAAAUCAAUGCCUGGCGGAAACACGAGGACUGUUCUGCACGCUAGUCCAUUCCCUGUUGUGAUCAAGUCUGGCAAAGGCCAUCAAAUUACUUCGGAGGAUGGACACACUUACACGGAUUUCACCGGCGAGUUCACAGCUGCUCUCUAUGGGCAUUCCAAUCCCGUCAUUAUCUCGACUAUUCGAGACGUACUUGACAAUGUAGGUAUGAAUGUUGGGGGCAAUACAGCUCAAGAGCAGAUAUUCGCUCGUGAAGUCUGCAGCCGCUUCAAUCUGGAACAUGUACGCUUCUGCAACUCUGGUACUGAAGCGAAUAUCCACGCUCUAGCAGCUGCCAGGGCUUUCACCAAGAAAAGAAAAGUCGUCACUUUCAGUGGGGGCUAUCAUGGUGCUGUGAUAGGAUUCAAGGGGGGGGAACCAGAGGCCAACAAUGUCGACUUGGACGAUUGGGUUGUGGCCAGAUACAACGAUCUUGACAGCGCUCGUGCUGCUAUCGAGAGCGAGGGUGUUGCUGCAGUGUUGGUGGAAGGGAUGCAGGGCUCUGGAGGCGGCAUUCCCGGACACCCUGAAUUUCUGCAGGGCUUACAGGAGAUUGCUGGAAAGGCCGGCGUCUUGUUCAUCAUGGACGAAGUCAUGACCUCCCGUCUCUCAGGAGGAGGUAUCUCCGAGAUGAGGGGGCUCAGACCAGACCUCAAGACAUUUGGAAAGUAUCUCGGCGGAGGCCUGGCUUUCGGUGCUUUCGGCGGUAGAGCAGAUAUCAUGGCUGCUUUUGAUCCACGGCUUCCCACUGCUCUCUCGCAUUCUGGCACUUUUAACAACAACACCCUGGUGACACACGCUGGCUACGCUGGCCUAACAAAGAUCUACACGCCUGAUAUUGCAGCCCGAUUCACGAGAUCUGGAGAUGAGCUCAGGGACCGACUCAACGCAGUAACAAAGGGCACAAGAGUGCUCUUUACUGGUAUCGGCACCAUCAUGGGAGUCCAUUUUCCAAGGGACGGUUCUCGUGCAAUCGAAAGAUCUGGCGAAGUCGAAGAACUCGAUUCCUUGAGGGAUCUCUUUUGGCUUGAUAUGAUGGAGGAGGGUUUUUGGCUCGUGCGCAGAGGAUUCAUGGCUUUGGUGCUCGACACUCCCAUGGACGAGUUUGAUAGAUUUGUCAGUUGUGUUGAAGCAUGGGUUUCUAAGCGUGCUCAAAUGGUUAGAAUCUAA